CUUAGUUUCUCCCCAUUUGCUCGUUCAAUGGCGCGGAUUGCAUCAAAUAACAAGGUUACACACAAGGUUCCCAACUUCAGACUUCCAGAAAGUAAUCUACUUAGCUCUUCAGGUAAAAGGAUGGUAAAUCACAGACUUGUAGACAAGAGCGAAGAUUCUGGUUCUUCGGAUGAUGACGAGUCUGAUGGCACUGUUCAAGCAGAUUUUGAGUUCUUUGAUCCUAAACCGACUGAUUUCCAUGGAGUGAAAAUCCUGCUGCAGACCUACAUUGAUAAUAAGCAAUGGGAUUUGAGUGGUUUUGUGGAUGUAAUACUCGGUCAACCCACAGUGGGGACUGCGGUUAAAAUAGAGAAGGAUGAAGAUGAUGGUAUUUACUCCAUUGUCACGGCUCUUAACUUGGGGAGAUAUAAGGUAAGAAACUAAUACUUUAAAUGUCCUACAUCCAUGCUACACAUAGCUGUCACACCUUCUUUUUUCCGAGAGGAUAGUGGAAUUUUUCCAAUUAAAGUGACAUU